AGGUUUAAAGAGUGAACAGAGAAGGAGAUAGGACAGUCCCCUGUGGUUAUAUAUUAGUAUCUCACACUAUUAGUAUGAGAUUAACUAUAUUAAGAGGUGUUAAGUAGUAGUAGAGUGCCACUACGGGCUAUGAUCACAGCCAUAAAUAUAGUUUAAACUUUUUCAAAGUGCAAAACCACACUGUAGUCUUGAAGGCAGAAUGUGUUAUGUUAGAUUGCACCGGUGUACAUAAUAAAGUGGCCAAGAAAGCAAUACAGUAUUAUCCUUCUUUGAAAGGGUCACGAAGAGGAGAGGACGUGGAAACCCAAACAAAGCACGGUAUCUAAAUUAAACUAAAUUAAACCUUGAUAACAUGUAAUCUAAAUCAUUAAAAAGUUAAACUAAGAUACAGAGCACCGAUAAGAUUGGCCUUCUGUGAACCACAGUUGAUCAGAUCCUCGCAGAGAUAGAACCUCAAAAUAUAUAUUGGUAAAUAAUCUUGAGGUUUGUAUAUAAUUAAUAUGCAAUUGGGGGAAAAAAAAGGUAUAAUACAAAAUGUGAUUUCCACCUCACGUACAAGACUGAAAUGUUGUUUUACACUUUAAAGAAUCACUGUGAUGAAAUGAAAAAGCAGUGUUUGCAUCCUGAAAGAGAUGCUAAUGCUACUGCCAAUGCUCCUACGCUAAUGCUUAUUUUCACUUAAACCGGAAAGGUUUAAAGUAUUAGAAUAUAUCGUAAUUACAAAAGGAGACCACUGCAGCACCUCAUCUAUCUAUAUGACUCCUUUGAACUUUAAAGUUUCGAAAUGCUUUGUCCAUUUUUAUCCAUCUUUUUUAAAAUUUUCUCCUCAAACCUUUUUGCCAUUUUUUCCCUCAAGUUUCUAGUGUGAGGCAUUAUAGAAACUACCAUGCUGAGGAAAUCCCAGCCUCCUAUGCUAUUUCUCUCACGCCCAUAACUAACCCAUUUACCGCAAGGCAAAAAAGUAUAUGUAAUUAAUAAUUGUUAAAUUAAUUUUUCAUCUACUUAGUUUUGUUUAUUUUGUUUUGUGAGAUCUCAUGUGCUAAUAGUGCACUAGGAACUCUCCUAAUGACGCUCAUGUCCCUCUACUCAACUCCUAAAAGAAACAAACACACAAACAAACAAUAAUUCACAAAUAUCUUUUCUCUCAAGUCGAUAUACAUACACACAGCUGACUAUUUAUCUGUAAUAUCACUCAUGUUCAGGCCUAUUAAACCACAGAUCCGCGUACGAAGAUUACCAUCUUUGUUAGAGGUUACCGCCUCUUUCACAUGUUUUACCCAGUUCAUGCUAUGUGCAUUAACGGGCGAAGGUUAGCGACUUCCCCUUUAGAGAUAACCAUCUCUAUUGUGUGUGCAUUGUAAGGUUAUGACACAGUAUCCAUAAUGUAGCACCCUUUCCCUUCUCAGCCAAGUUCGUCAGGAACUCCCUGUCUAAGCUUAGAACCAACAAACUUUAACCUUAAUCCGUGUGUCCUCAUAAUUUAACUCCCCUUCACUUCCACACUACUUAAUUGUACUGUGUUUACUAGCCAGUGGGUUUGACUAAAUAACAGAAACACUUAAGUGAUCACUCAUAGAUUCUCAGUUAUCUAUUCUUAUCUACUCAGUUAUCUAUCUAUUCUUUCUCCACGUAACAAAGUGUCUCUUAAGUAAAUGACCAUAAUUAAUAGAUAUUUAUAAUAUAGACGUAGUUUUAAUCUAGAAAAAAAACUCUUGUAUUUAAUAUUAUAUGGUAAAUAUGAACUUGCUUGAGGAUUGUUUAAUUUUUCAUCCCUCCACACUCUUUAUUGUUAAAUGGCCUUUUGAUUUGGGUGAAUUAAUUAUGGCUCUGAAUUAAUUUGAGUAGUCAGCUGUAUAAAUGAAACACCAUUUGUACGAUUGAACACUUGCUGGAGGCAUUUGAGAAGCUGUUUGAAUGCCUUUCAUUCUUGCAGAUUUAAUAACGGCAUCUAUAUGAGAAUGGUUGUUAAAUAUCUUGCACGUUUGUCAUUUAAAAUGAAGCACAACAGGUCCAGCUGCCUUUGCUCGUUUGUCUUUUUGAAUGAUGCAGUUAAAUUAUCAUAAAUAGCAUUCAUUGACAUAAACUGAACGGCAUAAGAGUCAUGAAGGGGUGCAGGACUGUUAUAUCAAAUUAGUUUUCACCUAAUGAUGUAAACCGGUGCAGUUUUAAGUGAAUGCAUUUUUUCAAAUGAUCUGCAUAUUUCUAUAUUUUCUGUGUCUAGUGUUUGCCUGUCAUUCAUUAACACAACCCGUGUGUACACUGUGUUGAUCUGCUCCCCUCCUGCGAUAAACACUUGUAGGUACAACCUCCACUGAGCACGCGCAGAGCCUCGCAGACACCAUCAUCGUCAUCAUCAGCAUCCUCAUCCUCAUCCUCCUCUUCUUCUUCUUCUUCUCUCAGGUUGAAGUGAGCGUCCUCGUCCACAAGGAGGGAGCUGAGCUGGGUUUGUUUUACUCUCGUCUCCGCUCUUUUUUUUCUCCCCCCUCUUCGCCGCGUCAAAACAAACAGGACGGAGGGAGCAGAAGCCAUAAGAUGAAGAAGCGCUAUGUGGACGCGAGCAGGCUACGGAAGAUGAAGAAGCUGAAAAUCACGGAGCGUCUGUCCGAGAGUGCGUACACCUUCCUGAAGUUUAUGGUGAUGUGGACGCUGGUGCUGCUGGCAGAUUUCAUCCUCGAGUUCAGACUGGAGUAUCUGUGGCCGUGCUGGCUCUUCUUCGGGAGUGUGUACACCACUUUCCACUGCCACGGGCUGGUUAUUUGUGUCGUUUUUGUUUGUGCUGCCUUCACUCUGGACAUCUUUUGUUUAAUUUUUGUUCCUUUGCACUGGCUGUUCUUUGUGGCGAGCACCUAUGUAUUAUUCAAUUACAUAUGGCACACAGAGAAGGGCAUCUGUAUAUCCACGGUGUCCCUGUGGAUUCUGCUGGUGUACACAGAGGCUUCGCUUCGACUCAAAGACCUUAAAACCUCCCAUGCCAACCUGUCUCAUCUUUUUGCUGCGCACUGUAUCGGAUAUCCAGUUGUUUAUCUGGGGUUUGACGCCACCUGCUACUUCACCAACAUCUUCAAGCUGCGCAUCCAGAAAGCCGUGCAGAGCGAGAACGACUUCCACAUGCACCUCCUUCAGCACUCGCUCCCCCCAGGCCUGCAGGUUUACCCCAAGACUGGCACAGAUGGCAGCGGCUCUAAAUGGAAGGUCAAGCCAGAGUCAAGUCAGUAUCAGUGUCAGAACGGCGCCGUGGUGGCCCAGGAUGAGGCGCACACCGUGGACUGCCUCCAGAUCCGCAGCGAGGCGAGAGCGGCGGAGAAAGGGUCGCAGGAGGCGAAGUCUGCCGAGUCGAGCAGACGGCCGUCGUCGUCGUCGUCAUCCAAGCCCGGUGCGGUCGAGUCCAAAGAUCUGCCUCACGGCGGGGCGGCGGGACCAGAGUCAUCUACAGCCCCCGAAAACCUACCUCAAGAGGAGCACGGAGGCAAGGCCGCGCGGGCGGCUAAGAGCUCCUCGCCGAAAGCCCGCAGGGCCAGCACGAACACGCCCUCUCCGCCCGCAGGGAGAACCGAGAAGAAGCAGAGAUCCAGCUCAAAAACAAUCAGCCCCAACAGGGAUGCAGCAGACAAGAACUCCACAGCGGCUCAGAAUUACCACGCAGAGCAGAUAAAUAAGAUGGAGCAGGAGCUGAGGAGGCUGAAGAGCGAGCUGCAGACGAGUAGGCAGAGUGAGCAGGAGCUACGGAGCCACAUCUGCAACCUGACCAACAGCGAGAGGAGCCUGAGACCGGAGGUGUCCCUGCUCAGACAGUCCAACAUGCUGCUGCAGAGCAAGAUUUUGUGCCUGAGUAAAAACAAGCAGAGGGACAAGCAGACCAGUGCGAUGCUGGAGAAGAAGACCAGAGCAGAGGCAGAGGCCAGACUGUCUGCUGAGAAGCAGCUGGCUGAGCUUCAGGCUCAGAAACUGGAGGAGGCGGCGAGCGCAGCGAGGAGUCUCACAAACAGGCAGGAACACUGUGAAACCCAAAUGUUAAGGAAAAGAGUUAAAGAUCUAGAGACAGAGUACAAACAACUACAGCUGGAGUAUCAAGUGAAAGAGAGUCGUGUGGUAGAUCUAGAGAGUGAUGUUGAGGCUCUGGCAAAGUACCGCUGCGUGGAGAAAGACACAGACAUGCUGCUGUCCACUCUGUCAGCCAUGCAGGAGAAAGCUCAACAUCUGGAGUACAACCUGAGCGCUGAGACUCGCAUCAAACUGGAUCUGUUCUCUGCUCUGGGAGACGCCCGCAGGCAGCUGGAAAUCGCCCAAGAUAAAGUGAUGAAGCAGGACAGGGAGAUCAGCGAGAUGAAGCAGAAGAUCGCAGAGGUGAUGGCGGUCAGCCCCGGCGUGUCCUACAUGGCUCCCCGUCCUCAGGUGCCUCAGUAUCUCACCAAGCUACUCAACACCGAGCGCUACAUGCUGAACCCACGGGCGCUCAUGUACCAGUGUCUGAAGAAAUAAAAGGAUGUCUUUGAGCUUUGACGCGUCCUCUGAACCUCCUCGCCAGACCGAGGGGUGGAGUUUAUCACAGAGGUUAACGACACAACGCAGAGUCACUUACUUCCAGCCACGAGUGGAACCAGAGCGAGCCUCCACGAGUCAAAAUGCCUUCUACUGCACUGCUGGUGCUAACUUGAUCUUAUUUAUAUACACACUUCCUGCUUUCCUCUCACAUCAAGGGUCGGACAGUUACAGUCCCAAGAUAAGGUCUCUAAUAUGCAGAGCUGUUCAAGGCACAACAUUUUUAAGUAAAGGUGUUUUUAGUGUCAUUAAACACACAGUCAGGAGUCAGCAGACAAAAGCACAACAUCAUCUGUGUAUUAUCUGGAGUGAACAUCUGGAGCUGGAUGUGGAUAUUUCUUCUCCAAUGUUGGAAUAGUCAACAAAUCAUUAUUUAAAGAAACAUCUAGCUGCCACCAACAAGUAUUUAGUGAACAGUAAUUCCUGGCACUAAAGGAAAACCAAUCCUUCAAUAUUAUUCCACUCAUUAUAAGUACUAUAAUAGGGAAUAUACUCACCUUUACAGAACUUUCUUGCUGCAAUAUUGACUAAAGAAUUCAGCACUGUAAAGUGUUGCUUUUGAUUAUCUUCUGUCCUUUUGACUCCUUUCAUCAGAAUGAAAUGAUCAGCUAGGUGUUUUUCACCACAGACUUUUGGUUUUGUCUCAGUAGGAAAAGCCACAGGUGUUACUAAUAACAUCAAGUGAGCCAUGAUAGUAACAGAGCCCCUUCACGGUUUGUAAACAAUGUGACAUAUUUUGAGGGGCGGGGCUUAGCCGGAGGCAACACAUCUCUAACACACUCUAGCUUGUAAACGCCAGUUAGCAUAUUUCAAUGAGCUGUUUUGGCAAGAACGGACGAGGAAAAUUAAUAUUUUAGAGAAUAUAUGAAUACAUUCACUCCCUGAGACUGACCUUAUACAAUGUCACUCACUGGAUGGAUGAUUUGACCAUACAAGAACACGAAGGGGACGAAGUCUGGUCUGUUUUUUAUCAAGUUUCUCCUACAAAGAUAUUAAAAUAAGUAGGUGUAACCACUGUGGAGGGUUACGUAGUAAAUGGAACUUCCGCUUAAACACCCCUGAAACAUACAGCUAAUGUUGUGUUACCUAGCAGUUAGCAUUAGCUUUAACCUGUAAUAAGAAGAAUCCCCCAAAUAAUGAUUAACUUAAUGUAAUUUCAGUGUUUUAAGCGUGUUCAACCAAAGUUGUCUACGACUGGCAGUGUCUGGUAUGCAAUAAAACUUCAAGUUAAUUUUUUGGCUUUUUCGGUUUUUGCCCCCAAAAUACAGCUAGACGACAUUUUAAUGGUUGACAAAAACAGUGUUCGCCUCAAACUGUUUUGCCUCCAGCUAACGUUGUGAUGUCACAGUGACGUAGGCCACGAGCGUGCAGCUAAAUGGAAUUCAGCCAUCAUUCGUUUGGGUUUACACCUGUGCGUUUUUUCUCCUGUGAAGUAUUUCGCAGUUCAAACUGGAGCUGAUUUUGGUAUUUUAUGUUAAUUUAUAUUAAAAUCGUAUCUCUGUUUGCAUCUCAGUAUGAUUAUAGAGAUCAAAAAUUAUAGUAUUGGAUUAUCGCCAAGCCCUAGUUAGCUGUGUUUAUUAACUGAAGUUGAAUAAAUUUUUAUUGGAUAAAGUACAAAUAUGAGGUUCAAUCAAUAUUCUGUAAUACAUUUCUCUAAAAGUGUGACAUACUUUGAAUUUUUGAGGCAAGUAUGCAACAAGAUGUUCUUGUGUGUGCCUGUAAAUAGAGAGCUGAGGCUAUCUGUGGUGAAAUUAAGACAAAAUGUGUCUUGGAAUGAGACCACUCAGAGUUGAAAUAUUUCUAUUUAACAGGACGUCGUUAUUGUAUGAGGUCCUGGAGACUUUGAAAAACAGUUAAAGUGGUGUUUUAUUGUGGGAGUAGACCUGAUAACGUUGGGGGAGAUGCAGUAGAAGAACAGCUACGUGUUGAUGUUCAGCAGCUGUUGGCAAUUUUCUGAAAACCCGAGACCGUGUGAAGAAGCGAACUGACUGGUUGCCGCUUUGUGUGAUCGGCACAGUGGAAGUGUUAAUAACAAGGAACGACCAAACAUGGCUCACGAAUUUAAAUUACUGUGCCUAUAUACAUUACUUUCAAACUGGGAAGUAAAACAAAAAUUUAAUGUGAAAGAGUAAUGUGUUUGAAUUGAAGUGCUAUGUACUGUUUUUGUAGUUUUUGUUUCUUUUCUUUUUUUACUCUCAUGUACAGAAUUGAAAAUGCUCACGCAGCUGAGAAACACUCAUGAACUGGAUGUCGCCAUUUUGGUAGCUUUUUAUUUAGAGCGUGUUUCUAGGGUGUUUUAUAUCAAAAAUAUUUUUUAGUCUCGCUGUUCUUCUAUUAUACUGCUGUAAUUUUGUACGGCAAUGUGUUUGUCAGCAUGAAACGUGUUUUAUUCAACUGUUAUUGGAGCACACAUUGUGACUUUACGUACAUGGAUAUACUUAUACAAGGGCUACAGUUUCUUAACAUUUUGAACGAAUAAUUGUUAAUUCAAACAGUGACGCUCUGUGGAAAGAGGUCACACUCCUGAUACACCAGGAAUGGGUUUUGUAUAAAUGAUUUAAAGUAUUGAAUUUUGUCUCA